AUGGAACGUGGCAAGAUCGAGGAGAUGGAGAGAUUGGUUGCAAAGAUUUUUGACAAGAAGAUUAAGCCUCAUCAGAAGAAGAAGGAAACACAAGGGAAAUAUUCGCUCAGGCAAAUGUUGAAGGAGGAGAGAGCAGCUCAGAGCGUUAUCAAAAAAUCUGGGCUGGGAAAGUUUGACGACUCCAAGCAAAGUGGAGGUGACUCUGUAGCCGAUGAUGGGUUGGAGGGUAACAGGGGGAAAAAAUUGAAAUCUUUGGAAAAUGAGAACAAACUUCUACGUGAGCAGCUGAAGAUGAUGACCAAGGCUUUGCAAAGUGGGGGGAUGAAGGUCGCAGAAGAUGCGGAAGUCGAAGACAGGGAUGGUGUGGAAUCGGAAGACAGGGAGGAAUCUCUUGAUUCUUUGAAAGAAGAAGACUUGUUCGCUACUCACUCGAUGAAGAGGAGGAGGCCUUCAUGUCAUACCGAACAAGAUGAGAACCGUUUGCAACAGAGAAAACUCUUCGUAUUGCCAGGCAUAAGUGAGAUGUGGACGGCUAAGCUCGCUUCCAAGCUAAAAAUCCCCGCAAUCGUCUUCUCUGAAUCUUCUGCUUGUCUCCGCUUUGGACUCCCUCACGCCUCUCUGGUCUCUUGGAGUGACUACAAGACAGCCCUCUCUGAGAUUUCUCCAGCCUUUCCUCUCAAGCAGAUCUUCGCCGACCAUCCUCAUUGCUUCGAGACGAGAAGAGAAGCCAUCUACUACAUGCAGCUCCUAGAAAGCAUGGGGGUUGGCGCUGUCGUCCUUGGGGAUCGAUCCAAGAGCAUGACGAACGAUGACGUGGUUGAUGCGGACGAGUUCUUCUCUUGUUUGAAAUCAGCUGUCAACGCUCGGACCAACGACGAGGUUCUCAUCUUCGCACGGACUUCCAUGUCCUGUCGGGGGAUGAAGCCAUCGGAACUUCUCGACACUGAGCGAGAUAUAGCGCGGCGCCUCCUAGGAGCCAUGGCAUGUGGGAUCGACGGGGUCAUCCUUGACUGUUGGAGCAUCUUGCCUGAGGGCAUAGAGACGCUGAAGAGGGUCAAAGAGAGGCUUGGGAGUUCUGCCUGCGGCGUCCUAUACCUGCAUCCUCAACAAGAAGAUGACUGGAACAAGUUUGGUGGUAAACUCAAGAAUGCAUUGCAGGACUUGGGAUUCAAAGUGAUUCUUCGUCCUGAUGACCUGCACCUUGCCGUCGCCUCAACGAUUCUGAAUAAGUUGAAGGCCAUGACGACUGACCUGUCUGCUUUUCAUGGAGGGACCAAAGAAUCAGGUUUCAACGUUGCCUCCUCCCUCACUUCCUCUCAGGAUAUCAACGACUUGAUUCAAACCCAACACCUUAGCCAAUUAGAACUUGAAAUCAUGUGA